UUCAGAUGCCCAUGGCGGCUCCACGGGCCCUGCCUCUCUGCCUGCUGAUCUUCCAGAUGGUCACCGGAAGCUGGGGCCAAGAAGCCAUCACCCCGGGCUGCCACCUGCACCCGUUCAACGUGACCAUCAGGAGCGACCGCGGGGGGACCUGUCGGGGCUCCCACGUGGCUCAGGCCUGCGUGGGCUACUGCGAGUCCAGCGCCUUCCCCUCCAAGCACUCGGUGCUGGUGGUCACGGACUAUCGGCACAACAUCACCUCCGUGUCCCAGUGCUGCACCAUCAGCCGACUGCAGAAGGUGAAGGUCCAGCUGCAGUGCCCCGGAGCCCGGCAAGUGGAUCGAGAGAUGUUCACGGCUCAGGCCUGCGAGUGCGACACGUGCCGCUUCUCCCGCUACUGAGACGGACCCCCGCCCCAGCCUCCCGCCCACCCUGCUCUCGAACCCCGGACCCCGCAGGCGCCUCGGCCCUGCCUUCCCCACGUCCCCAGUAAAGCAGCCCGCCCAGGAGCUCUGCA